AUGCGACAUGCGGAAUUACAAUCAAAUGAUCAACUUGUACUCAAUGAUUUAAAAUCGGAGAGAAUUAAGAAAGCAUCAAAAAAACGUCGUUGUUAUUGCUGUCAAUUAUGUCUCCUACUUUUAAAGUUUACUGGUAUAUUAUGUUAUAUAUUUUGUUGUCCACCAAUACCAGAAAUGGUUAUUCGAAAAUUAGCAUUUCAUCCAUUAAAAAGAGGAAAAACAUAUGUAUUAUCUGGAAAAGAUAUACAUGGCAAUUUUAUAUUAAUUAAUAAUGCUAAAAAGGCAUUAAAAUUUACAUCAUUAAAAUUUGAAACGCAAAAUCUCAUUGAUGGAUCAUCAAUUUUAAUGGAAGGUAUUGAAACUUCAAUAAUUAAAACAAGACGUGGCUCACAUUUACCGAUUUUAAUGAUUAGCAAUAAUUUAUCAAAUGAUGAAUCUAAAAAUUUGGUAGUAUUAUUUUCACAACCAAAUAGCUCUGAUUUAGGAUGUUAUUUUCACCCACGUGGAUUAAAUUUUAGGGAUAUUUCUAAACUAUUAAAAACUAUCGUGUAUGCUUAUGAUUAUUCCGGAUACGGUAUUAGCACCGGUAGUCCAUCCGAAAAAAAUAUUUAUGCUGACAUUGAAGCUGCUUAUAAACAUAUUUCUGAAUCACAAGGACCAAAUGUUCGAAUUGCAUUACUUGGCUAUAGUAUUGGUACAGUACCAACAAUUUAUAUGGCUUCAAAACAUCCGCCAAAUCUUUGUGGAAUAGUACUAAUUGCGCCACUUGCAUCUGGCUUAAGACUGUAUACAAAAGUUAAUCGAACAUGUUGUAUGGAUCGAUUUUUAAGUUACGAUAGAGCAUCAAAUGUUAAUGUUCCUGUAUUAAUAUGCCAUGGUUGCAUGGAUAAUAUUAUACCUAAAAAUCAUAGUGAAAUAUUAAUGAAACGAUUUCCUCGUGCUGUGCCACCAUUUUAUGUAGAUGAAGCAAAUCAUUUAACGAUUUUUUCAAAACAAAGUCUUUCUGUAUUCUUUCGAAUUCGUUAUUUUUUAUUUAAUGAAACUGACCAAUUGCAUACUUUGAAUGUUUAA